AUGGCUGGAAUUGUCGUCGUUUUUGACUUCGAUAAGACGAUCAUUGACUUGGAUAGCGAUAAUUGGGUGGUGGACGAACUCGGCGCCACCGAUUUGUUCAACGAACUCCUCCCUACGAUGCCAUGGAACUCUCUCAUGGAUCGGAUGAUGAUGGAGCUCCAUGCACAAGGAAAAACCAUUGACGAUAUCGUUGAAGUCCUCAAACGCGUUCCGAUUCAUCCCGAUGUCGUUCCUGCCAUUAGAGCCGCUCACGCCCUAGGAUGUGAUUUGAGGAUUGUGAGUGAUGCGAAUAUGUUUUUCAUUGAGACGAUCUUGGAUCAUCUCGGAAUAAGAGAAUGCUUCUCCGAAAUCAACACGAAUCCAGGUUUCGUCGAUGAAGAAGGAAGGCUGAGGAUUUUUCCUAUCCACGAUUUCCAUAAAUCUUCUCACGGAUGCAAUCUCUGCCCUCCGAACAUGUGCAAGGGGCUCGUUAUGGAGAGGAUUCAAGCGUCCUUAAUGUCGGAAGGGAAGAAGAAAAAGUUCAUCUAUCAAGGCGAUGGAAGUGGCGAUUACUGCCCUAGUUUGAAGCUUGGAGAAGGGGAUUUUCUGAUGCCGAGGAAGAAUUUUCCAUUGUGGGACUUGAUUAGCCAAAAUCCGCUUGUAAUUAAAGCAGAAAUCCACGAAUGGAGCGAUGGAGAAGAGUUGGGGAGGAUCUUGUUGAGCUUAAUCAACAAUGUUUCCAUAGCGGAAAAUGCUCAGUUCAUGUCGCCUCAAAAUAUGGCCGUUCCUGUGUUCGAGGCCCUGACUUCGCCCACACCCAAACCAGCAAUGGUGGCCAACUGAAUUCAAUUAUACGAACACGCAAUAUCUUAAAUCAAUUAACACUUACUGAACUGCCUUUUUUUUGGGUUUAUUUGAUGAUAGUAUGUAGUGAAAUUUACGUAUUGAAGGUGUAACUUUGGCAAACGCCAUACACCAAUUAGGAAGUUCAAACGUUGGUUUAAUUUUCCCAAUCAUGUUGCCACCUUUGGCACAUCUUUGUAUGGCUUAUGGCCAAGGAUGGUUAUCUAAUUUAGAAAAUAUUUUAAACUAAA